AACGCUGAAAGGUGUGUCCGUAUAGGUGUUCUCGCUGGCUGGUUUGAACGGAACCCAGAAAGCCGUCGAGCAGGAAAAUCCGCAACAGCCGUCCGCGAAGGCCAGCGACUCGAUCGAGUUUAAUUUCAUUUAGACCGCUUACUGUAAAGGAAAGUCUGAUAAUGAGUAAAAUCUCGAAGCUUUUCAAGGGCAGCUCCGGCGGCUCGGGUUCAUCGUCCAGCUCCAAACACCACCGGUCGAAAGGAGGGCCGAGUCCGCAGGAGGCCAUCCACAGACUGCGGGAAACCGAGGAAAUGCUGACGAAGAAGCAGGACUACCUGGAGAAGAAGAUCGAGCAAGAAAUCGCCACAGCCAGGAAGCACGGCACCAAAAACAAGCGGGCUGCCCUGCAGGCCCUGAAGAGGAAGAAGCGCUUGGAGCAGCAGCUGACCCAGAUUGAUGGCACCCUGUCCACCAUUGAGUUUCAGAGGGAGGCUCUGGAGAACUCGCACACCAACACGGAGGUCCUCAAGAACAUGGGCUUCGCUGCCAAGGCCAUGAAGAAGGUCCACGAGAACAUGGACGUCGACAAGAUUGAUGACUUGAUGCAGGACAUCACAGAGCAGCAAGACGUGGCUCGGGAAAUCAGCGAGGCCAUUUCCGGGCCAUUUGGCGAGCAGUUUGAUGAGGACGAGCUGCUUGCAGAGCUGGAGGAGCUGGAGCAGGAGGACCUGGAGGAGAACAUGAAGAGUAUGGGAGGACUGCCGAGCGUUCCCAGCUCCAAGCUGCCCUCAUCACAACCCAGUCAUCGUACAAAAAGCAAGAAAAGGGCUGAAGAUGACGACGACAUGCACAUGCUGGCAUCAUGGGCAACAUGAGUUCCUUAAC